AUAAGCGUAUGUAAUUUGCAUUCAUACGUAACGCGGCACAAUAGCGUGAUGCCGUGGUCGCAGGUUCACGGAAUAAGCGACUGUUCAUCCUGCUACGCGUCGUGAGCUCUUUCUAGUCCCUUGUUUUAGAUUUCUUGAUAAAAUUGUGCCGCUAACGACAUAGUCAUGCCACGAACUUCCGCCGGAGGACAUAUAAAAUUGCAUGCUCGUCUACACCCGCACGCAGAGUAGUGUUGUUUGUCCGGUUGCAAAAAUGGAAGUACUCUCAGGUGUCUUGCUGCUGCUCCUUACCUGCCAACUUGCUAUGCCGACACCAAUUUUCAACAGAGAUGGAACAGAUUUCUAUGGCAGAUCAAGUGGAUUCGGAGACACGAUAAAAGACUGGUUCAGAGUACUCAAGGACCGAAUCGUAGGAAAAUGGCGAGAGUGGUUCGGUGACGACAGUUCAAUUCCAAAUUUAACACCACAAGAUAUUUUAACCAUCGAUAAGACCUUAGAGGGUCGAGUAUCGGCUUACCCAGGCAUUUUUAUAGAUUUGUCUAGGCUAACCUUUGACCCAAAACGAGAUUGGGGAAUCCGGAUGGGUAAAUGGUACAUCAUCCGGAAAGUUACAGGAAAUGACUACGACAGUGAUUCGGAUGAGUGGGACAUAAUACCCUUAUUGCCGCGUCUGCCCGAUUGGACACCCGACUUCCGCAAAGUUCCAGCAGACAUUCCUACCCGAUCUCCAGUGACUACGCCAAGGAUCCAACCGACUACAUCGCAACAGACGACCCAAACUGUUACUCCAACGCAAUCAAUCUUAACUUCUACCGAAUCAACUGUAACUACCACUGAGGCUACCGUGACUUCCACCGAAUCAAUUUCACCUACUACCCAGUUAAUUACAACUUCCAUAAGGUCGAUUGUUGAGCCAACGGCAUCUGAAGAAAUUCUGACUUCUAGUGAAUCUGUUCUAAUAAACCGUGAACCGGUUACAGUACCUACUGAACCUAAAUUAACAUAUACCGAAUCAGCAAUUAUUGGAACAACUAUUCCGUUUGAGACUACUGUGCUUUCCGUCGAUUCGACAUCAUUCGCUGAGCCAAUUGCGACUUCUAUUAAUUCAAUCGAAACAUCUGUCAAAUCGACAUCAUUCACUGAGCCAAUUGAGACUUCUGUUAAAUCAAUCGAAACAUCUGUCGCAUCAACUGUAAUUACUACUGAAGCAAUCAUGACGUCCACUGAAGAAUUAACUGCUAUUACUACUACUGAGUCACCUGGAACAUCCACCGAACUAAUUUUACCUGUCUUCAAUAAGCGAGUAGAAGACAACGAAACCAUUAAUAAGCCACGUACUACAAAAAAGCCUCGUCCAGCAUCUGCUGAAGUUAUAAUGUGAAAUAAAUUACAUAUUAUCAGAAAAUAAAGUACAUAUUAACAGAAAAUAAAUUCAGGUAUAUAUCAUAAUUUUUCUUUAAAUUCUAAAGUAAAUCAAUUGUAAAUACAUAUUAAUCAGAUAUAUUGAUAUGGUAAAAAUAAAAAAAAGAAAUAAAUUAGCAAAAAAUUGAAAAUUUUAUUUAAAUUUUUAUGUAGUUAUAUAUAAAUCCUAAAAAACUACUCUUAUAAGCAGUCUAUUAAACGUUUCAUGCAAGUAAUCUGAAAUUUUCAACAGCGUUUUUUGUAGGAAUAACAUUAAUUCAAUACAUGUAAUUUUUUUAAUAAGAUGUAUUCUCACAAAAAAGGAUUGCGACAAAUGGGUUUUCAUCAAGAAGAAUACACGUUUAUUCCGUAAAAUUUAUUAUAAUUACAACGCUACUCCAUAGUAAAAUAUAAUAACUUUUACGUCGAUGAUCGUGGUCUUCAAGAUGGCUUCUUUUACUGUAAUAGAAAAAAAAGAAUUUGGUAUGUAGGUAUUAAAAAAAAAUUUUUUUUUCUUACGUAAAAUCAACUGUUUAACAUGCACAUAACAAAUUUUACAACUAUAUACAAAUUGUUAUAGAAAUACGAUAGCGCACAUUUAUACCUGUAAUUCACAUAAAGCAUUAUUUUCAAGCGAAUUAAUUAAUAUAUAAAGCGUAUAAACAUCAAGAAUAUAUGCAUUAACAAGAAAUUUAAUAUAAUUUAAUAUUCAAGUUAAUCAUUUUCAAAAUUAUUUAGAUGUUAAUAAUUUUUGUGCACAUCUAGUUAAUAUAGAAUGCAUAUGUAACACAAUUGAAUAAAUUGUAAAAUCAAAUAAAA